GGUUAACAGGUGUGACGUUUGUUUACAACACAUUCCAAUAAAUUUCUAUUGUGGUCCCAGAAAGAGAAUAGACCUCGGAAAUUCUCUACUACCAAACAUUUAUGAACUGCGUAUGCGCGCAGAAAAGUGGGAGAACAUUUAGCACAUAAAACAUCUAGAGUGGGAGUAAAAACCGACGACACCCGAGGUGCAUUUUAUUUGCAGGCUGUGCAGAUUCAAACGUAAAUAAUUUAAGCACGUGGGCCAGGACUCGGCAAUUUUUUACUAUCAAAGUCAGUGGGUGCUGAAGUUUAUAAACAAACACUUGAAAUUGUUGAUGUUUAAAUAAAUUUUGAAAGAUGUCUGAUAAAAAACAUCCUCUAAUUUGUAUCCCUGGACAACGACUUUGUUUGUCAAACAAAAUAAAUGUUGCUGGUGCAGGAACUUACGAAGAAAAUGGUUACAUCUAUUCAAAACUUGUUGGUACUGUUGAAGUAAUGAUAGAACAAAAUGUUAAGACAAUUUUGGUACAUGGUAUCAAUAAAUUGAGUAUUAUACCAGCACCUGGUGACUUGGUGACAGCGGUGGUGACCCAAGUCAACCAGCGUUUUGCUAAAUGCAUUGUGAAAUGUAUUGGCGAUAUUAUUUUGGCAAGGUCUUACAGAGGAAUUUUGAGAAAAGAAGAUGUGAGAGCGACUGAAAAAGAUAGAGUUGAAAUGUACAAAUCUUUUCGACCUGGUGAUAUUAUACUUGCUCGUGUUUUACCUAUGACGGAAGCACAUGUAUAUUCUCUGUCAACUGCGGAGAAUGAGCUAGGAGUUGUUCUAGCGCAAAGUGAAGAAGGAGUAUCCCUGAUUCCGAUCAGCUGGACGGAAAUGCAGUGUCCGAAGACACUAGCUAAAGAAUUCCGAAAAGUUGCCAAAGUCGUACCUGAAAAAGAUGCUUUGAGUCAUGCUGAUAAAUAAUAAAUAUAAAUUAUAUUUUAAAUUAAGUUUUUUUUUUUAAUUUAAAUAAAUUCAUUUAUUCAAUAAAUUAUGGAAGUGAACUUAGCGGAUAUGAAACAAAUUUUAAAUUACUAAUAAAUGAACUAAAAAGAAUUUUUUUUAAAAUGUACAUACUGAUUUACAAUUCUACA